CAUUAACGAAACUUACUUGACGUAAGGGCUUACAUUUCUUUAGACUUUGUUUUAGCAUUCACUCUUUCAAGAUGAUCUCGUCUAUCUUUCUCUUCACAGUGCUUGAGGCGCUUACUUUGGUCGAUGCUAGAGUGCAUGGCAAUGACCACACCCACCACGCCAGGGCUAACAGUGCGGGCAAAAGGGGUCUCGCCUUCAACGACGCGGGAUUGACGAAAUUGUUCGAGUCAAACAAAAAGUUUUCCUGGAUGUACAAUUGGGGCCAGACCGUUACAGAUGCUGCUAAGUUUGACUAUGUGCCCAUGCUGCACAGCAAUAAGACCGAGCACACGGAGACCUGGGAAGCAAAUUUGAAGACGUCUGUUGAUGCGGGAGCUACCCAUGUGUUCAGUUUCAAUGAGCCGGACCAGUGCGGUGAAGAGUCAGGUGGAGCCUGCAUGCAAGACAUCGAUCUCACUGUCGACACACACAAGAAAUACAUCCAGAAACUCGCAGAGGAGUAUCCAAAACUCAAGCUCGGCGCGCCAGCCGUCACCAACGGCGUCGAAGACGAAAUCACCAAGGCCAAGAUGGGUAUACCGUUCCUCAAAGAGUUCCUCAGCAAGUGCGACGGUUGCAAGAUCGAUUUCCUCAAUGCUCAUUGGUACUCUCCGCCUGAUGUCAAGGCCUUCCAGCAGCAUCUCGUGAACGUCUACGCCGCUAAUGAGAAUAAGACGGCGAUUUGGGUGACGGAAUUUGGUGUGACUGGUGAUCCGGCGCAGAAGACUGGUGAGCCUGCACAGCAGUUCUUGAAGGAGGUUCUGCCUUGGAUGGACGAGCAGGAUUGGAUUGAACGUUAUGCCUACCAGUGGGUUGCACCGGACAGCCUUGUGACUGCAGACGGCCAGCAGCUCUCUCCGUUGGGUGAGGUGUAUGCUACAACUUGAUAGAUGUUAUUGGGUCACUCGGCGUACUAGCAUAGUUGGCAUUUUAUUCUUUGCAUGACUGUAGAACAGUCGGAGUUUAACAUCUAGCGCUAAUUUAAUUAUCCUUUUCGGUUUCAAAAUCACA